AUGUCCCGUGGAACUCGCUAUUAUCUGCAUCGUGGAACAAUUGUGUCUGCGCUGGUCGGAACGGCGUUGCUGAUCAUCUCCGCAACGACCCCUCAUUUCUACGUCGGCGAUCGGAGCGCGUGGACUUACAUUGACAAACAGGAGGACUCGUCACCAACCCAUGAGGUAAGUGAAAGUCAACCUUCGGAUAACAGCUCCCAAUCGUUACCUCACGGGAACCAAACAGCGCUUCAGAGCUCCACAAUGUCGCUUGAGGACCUGCCAAUGUCGCCUUUGCCUUACACUCACCAGGUAAAUGUUCAAAUGCGACGUCCCGCCUCGGAAUCGCCCAUUAUCGCUUUCUGGAACGACUACUAG